AUGUCCAUAGCUGUUACUGAGCAACCUCAACAUUCAGCAUUCGGAAAAUACAAACGUUGGUUGCGUUUGUCCCUUUAUACAAUCUUACUUCUGGCAGGCCAAUGCACAGCCACACUUUUGGGAAGGUUCUACUUUGAGAAAGGUGGUAAAAGCAUAUGGAUUGAAACAUUUGCUCAAUCUGCUGGGUUCCCUAUACUAAUUCCACUCCUAUUUUACUCUGCCAAAUCAACCAACCAUGAUUCCUCCAAAACCAAAACCGAACCAAGAAGCACAGUUAUGAUUCCCUUGUACCUAGUUAUCCUAAUCGCACUCAACACUGAAUCGGAGGACACAAACCUUCCGAAAUUGAACCUACUAAUCGGGAUCUUCUGUGUCCUUGCUGCAUCUGCCAUGUUUUCUUUACAUCACUCUCUCUUGCAGCUCUAUUUUGUGAAGAUUGCAAAGACAGAAGAAACCUAUCCUUCUCUGUUGAAGAUGAAUUUUUACCCCAUGCUCGUUGCUGCAGUCGCUGGCCUUGUGGGAUUGUUUGGAAGCGGAGAUUGGAGAAGUAUCGGAAGAGAGAUGAAGGAGUUUAAAUACGGUGGAGCGUCUUACGUAAUGACUCUGGUUUGGAUUGGUGUGACAUGGCAAAUAGCAUGCAUUGGUAUGUUAGGGUUGAUUUUCGAGGUAUCUUCAUUGUUCUCUGUUGUAAUAGGUAACCUGGAACUCACCGUAACUCCUAUCCUUGCUGUGUUUGUGUUUCAUGACAAGAUUUAUGGUGUGAAGAUUAUAGCCUUCUUGUUAGCUGUAUGGGGCUUUUUGUCCUAUAUAUACCAACAUUAUCUCGAUGACCAAAAGGCCAAGCCAGAUAAAAUUGAUGAUGGCCUUGGCCUUUCAAAGGUAGAAGAACAAAUUUCAUAA